AUGAUGAACACUAUCAUUGAUCAACUGAGUAAACAGGAUUUCCAAAGUUGCUUCACUACUGUUAAUAAAUUUGUUUAAGAGAAUGAAAAAUAGAAAUCAUUUCCAAAAGAAUAUCUCAAAUUAUUUAUAACAAUCUUGAAUUCAUUAAAGACAAUCAUAAUUGAAUAAGAGAAUAAAGAAUUUAAAUUCAAACUGUUCUAAGUUCUUAGAUUACUCACAAGAUCGCAAGAUGUUUCACUGAAUGUCCAAUCUCAAGAAUUUUUAUUAUUGAUAGAUUUAAUGCAAAUCAUUCAAAAAUAGACUUCGUAAUCUUUUACUAUGAUGCAAAUAGAAAAUUUGAGCAUCUAAAAACGUUUAAUUUAUUUCAAUAACAAGUUACUGCAAACCUUUAAUUCUAAAUAUGUGCAUUCCCUAUUAGAUAUAAUGACCUCUUCUUCCAAGGACUUGAAAUUAAGUCUAUUGGAUUAUAUUAAAUUAGCAAUGGAAAUCGAUGGGUAGUUAAUACAAACUGAAAUAUCAUCCCUUUACUAUGUUGGUAAGAUGCUUGUCUUACUCGAAAACAAUGAUCUAGAAUUAAAGAUUUAGACUGCUAAUUUGAUUACAAAGUUGUUAGAUUGCUAUCCAUUCAGCGAAAAUUUCCGCAAAUUAACAGGAAUGGCAACAGUAAUCCAGGAAAUUGAAAAGAAAGACAAUGAUAAAUUAGAAGUAAAAAUACCUCUAUUGAAUUUAUUAAUGAGAAUAUCCUCUGAUAGCAAGAAUUACCCUGAUCUUAAAUUGUAUGGGAUUGUAGAAAUUUUACUAUAAAAUUUAGACCAUUAGGAAUACAUGAUAGUUACAACAGUCAUAAAUAUUUUUGGCUAAUUAAGUUUUGAUGAUGAGUUAUCAUCUAGAAUCGCAUAGAAAGGAUUAUGUAUAAAUAUAUUAUGA